AUGCAGAACGACAUUGUCAUCGCAGCGGAUUCCCAUGUGUAUCUCCCGGCAGAUAUCAGUGCACCGAGUGACUGGCGCUCAGAAACGACGUCGCUGGAAUCCGAUAUUCGCCAAGGCGUUUUAGAGAAUGGCAGAAUAUAUCAGACCCUCCGGGAGAACAAAAUCCAGUACGCAUUUGUGACCCAUAAUCCGUAUGGUUGCAACCCUCCUCCCAGGGUCCAGACUGAUUUUCGAAGUGUCCCGUCAGAUGAUCAAAUGUUCGAGACGUAUGAGAACAGCCAUCUGUUAAUGAUUAUCUGCGACUCUGAUCUCGAGAACCCUCUGUAUCAUGCCCCGACAGGCAAAUUGCCCAAGCAUAUCCUGGAUAUUGGAACUGGGAAAGGAUCAUGGGCAAUAGACGUUGCGGACAUGUUCCCAAGUGCGACGGUUCGUGGCGUGGAUCUCUUUCCACCACCCUUAAGCUGGAUACCACCAAAUUGCAUUCUAGAAGUCGAUGAUAUCCUCCGAAGCUGGACCUGGAAAGAUCCAUUCGAUCUCGUCCACAUAAAAAAUCUCGACGGCUCCUUUAACGCCCAAGAACAAGAGUCCCUCUAUAAGCAAUGCUACGACAAUAUUAAACCGGGCGGCUGGAUCGAACAACUUGAAGUAAGCUACUUCAUCGAAUGCGACGAUGACAGUCUCCCGGGGCAUAGUGUCUUGCGCAGCUGGGGCCCGCGCCUUGCCCAAGCCGCCCAGAAAGCCGGCAGGCCGCUCGGUGCCAUGCACACCAUGCGCGACUCAAUAGCCAAUGCCGGCUUCACAGAUAUCCACGUGAAGGACUAUAAGCUGCCCAUUGGGCCGUGGCCACGAGAUAAGCAGCUCAAGGAGGUCGGGGAAGUCAACCAUCAACAUUGGAUGGGUGGCAUGGAGGGAUACGGCAUGUGGCUCCUGACGCAUUUCGGGGGACCCCUCGCCUUGGGCGAAGGAGGAGGUUCUGGUCUAUAUUGCACAAAUGAGGCAGGAGCUUAUGGAUAUGAGAUAUCAUAUCUAUCAACGCAGUCGACGGGUCUGGGCGAGAAAGCCGGUACCGGAACCAAGCAUCGAACAUGA